AAUGUGAGGUUAAACGUCUUCGUUUCCGCAAGUACAUCAGAGGAGAGAGAAAAGAAGCUUUCGAUUUUUAUUUUUUAUUUCAGGUCGGAUAAACACUUGUCAUAUUUUGAGUGGAACCACGCAAGCUCAAUCGCACCACAUAAGCCGGUGAUGUGGUAGUUUGAUAUCCCAGGAAGCGAAAGUCGGUAAGAGAGAUGCCGGCGACCACCGCCACCCGACGACGGAGCCUCAGGCAAGGGGCCAAAGAUAGUGUGGAACCAGCCCCCAACGGUUCGAGACGGAGUGCAAGAAGGCUGGGCCUGGCUUCCCACCUCUGCGUCUCCUCAUUCCAACGCUCCAGGACCAACGCUGCUUCAGUGAUCAGAAGAACGAAGCAAUUCGCUGUCCUGGAAGAAACGACAAGGGAGUCUGAUGAAAGUCGGAGUGGGGCCCAGGUGUACACGCGUCAAUCUAUGAAUGGACUCAAGCACCCAAUAUUUUGUCCGUCGAGCCCAUUGUAGCUCGUUUUCUGCACUCGCCCCCUCCAGUGACACGCUGAAGAACAAAGGCUCCGCGCUCACGUAGUUGAAGUUGAAACCCCCCAAACCAUCUUCUCCUUCUCCUUCUCCUUCUUCUUCUUCUUCUGUAAGGAGUCAGGGGACGCUGCUGUCCAUGGCUUGUAGUCGUCGUCGCCGCCGGAGAGAAGAUGGAGCUGUCGAGCCGGAGGUCGCCACCGGUCCCCGUCUUGGGAGCCGUCGCUUCUUCAAGAUCGUACUCUCCGACACCCUUGCAUCAGGAAAGCUUGGAAUUCCAAAGAGUUUCUUGAGAAGAUGUGGAAAGGAUCUCUCAAACUCGGUGCUUCUUAAGGUUCCGGGCGGUUCAACCUGGACUAUAGAGCUAGAAAAGUGCAACAAUGGCAUGGUUUUGUUGUGGAAAGGGUGGCGGGAAUUUAUGGAGCAUUUCUCCAUUAGUCACGGUCACCUCAUAGUUUUCAAAUAUAAAGGGAACUCCACUUUUCGCGUAAUAAUAUUCAAUAAGAGUGCUUCAGAGAUAGAUUAUUCAUCGAGCAGUGGCAAAACAUCAUACCUUGGAAGUGAACUUUCCUCACCAAAAACAGAAGAUGUCAUAGAAACAGAAGAUCUGGAGGACGUCACACCCCGUCGAAGAAUGAGGAUUGAACCAAAUUUACCUUAUUCUCAGCUAAGUUCGAGCUACUCACCGCGAGGGUCCGAAGUUCCCAUUGAUACUGACCCUGAAGAACCACAUUUGUCUCAAGCUCAAGCUGGCCUGACAGAUGGAAUUAAACAGCCUACAUGCAGAGUGAGCCAUUCUGAGCUGGUUUUUCAUGGUCCUGCACUUCCAAGGCCUCUCACUACUCCUGGAUUAGCCCGCAAAAUUGAUUCCGAACAUCCCUUUUUCAAAAAGGUGAUCCGGCGAUCUUAUAUGAGUAAACUGAGUAUUCCAAGUGGAUUCAUCAAGCAGCAUAUUCAGGAAAAGCAAAGAGCAACUCUUAGGUGUGCCAACAGAUCGUGGUCAGUGAGGCUCGUCAGGAGCAACAGACUUGUCAGAGGGGCUCUGCAUCUGUUUUUUUCUGCUGGUUGGCCUGCAUUUGCAAGAGAAACUCAUCUGCGCGUAGGAAAUGUCUGCGUGUUCGAGCUAAUUGAUAGGGAUGAUAUUGUGUUCAAAGUCUCCAUUUUGAGUGUUCAGCGCAGGAAUGAACUAUCUAAACGCAGAGUGAAUCAUUAUGAGCCGGUUUUUUGUGGUCCUACAUCUCCAAAGCCCCUCACUACUCCUGAAUUAGCCAGUGAAUUUGAGUCAGAGCAUCCCUUCUUCAAAGUGGUGAUACAUCAAUGUCAUAGUCAAGUGUGGUUUGUUCACACGUGUACGAAUGUGCAGUACGUUCCUGGUCAAUUUGUCAAGCAACAUAUUCAAGAAAACAAGGAAAUGGCGACUCUUAGGUUUUCAGACAGAUCGUGGCCGGUGAAGCUCUUACGUUAUUCACAUGAAAACCGGCUGUUCUUCUCUUCUGGUUGGCCUGCAUUUGCAAGAGAAACUCAUCUGUGUGUGGGAAACAUCUGUGUGUUUGAGCUCAUUGAUAGGGAUGAUGUUGUAUUCCAAGUCUCCAUUUUCAGUAUUGCCGGUGGGAUAGAAAAAUCUACACGCAGAGCGAGCCGUUCUGAGCUGGAUUUUUAUGGUCCUACACUAUCAAGGCCUCUCACGUCUGCCGAAUUAGUUAGCGAUAUUGAUUCGGAGCAUCCCUUUUUCAAACUGGUGAUCCCACAAAGUUAUAUCAAUUGCCUGGCUGUUCCGGUUGGAUUUGCAGAGCAACAUCUUCUGGAAAACAAACAAAUGGUAACUCUUCGGUAUUCAGACAGAUCGUGGCCAGUGAAGCUCAUUAGGAGCCAUGAACAGGCUAGAGGUACUCCGAGUCUGUCCUUCUCUGCCGGUUGGCAUGCAUUUGCAAGAGAAACUAAUCUGCCUGCAGGAAACGUCUGCUUGUUCGAGCUGAUCGAUAGGGAUGAUGCUGUGUUCAAAGUCUCCAUUUUGAGUGGUGCUGGUCAUGACCCGAUUCACGUUCAUCGAGAUGAACGUCAGAAGUAUUACCUCCGGCCAUUGCAGCACCGACAUGAUUCCAGGGUUCCUAAUAAUGCCUCCUUUCAUUAAGCAGCACGGCAGCGAAUCAAUGAAAAGCGCUCUUUUCUGCUGUGUUUUCUUCUUUCUUCCUUUUUUGUGCUGGUUUCAAUUCCAUGACUACCAUGCUCGGAAAGAACCUCUCAAAUUCGGUGCAUCUUUACGGUGCUCAACCUGACCAGUAGAUCUACAAAAGAGUAAAGAUAUCAUGCUCUGACGUAAGUUCAUGGAGUAUCUCUCUUUUUGUCUUACACCGGCGGUAAAUGGUCUAUGUUUCUUUUUGCUUUGGUGGUACAAAGAGGCAAAAGCCUGAUACGUAGAGUGGUCGGCGAUGGCGAAAAUUUUGUAUGCAUUCGGUCGGCUAUGGACCCGAUAAAUCUUAACAA